AUGCUGACUGAGGCGGGGCUGCUGAGACUCAGUAAUCACUGUGUUUUUCUAAUCCCUCUCACAGACAGCACAGAGGAUGAUUUUGAACUCUCCACUGUGUGUUAUCGGCCAGAGGGACUUGGCAAGCUUCAGGAGCAAACCAAGUUCACCAAGAAAGAGCUGCAAGUCCUCUACCGGGGAUUCAAGAAUGAGAGUCCCAGCGGUGUGGUCAAUGAGGAGUCCUUCAAGCUGAUUUAUUCCCAGUUCUUCCCCCAAGGAGAUUCAAGUACAUAUGCACACUUCCUGUUUGAAGCUUUUGACACUGACAAAAACGGAUCUAUCAGCUUUGAGGAUUUUGUCAUGGGGCUGUCCAUUAUCCUUAGAGGCACCAUUAAUGAUCGGCUGAACUGGGCUUUCAACCUCUAUGAUCUCAACAAGGACGGCUGCAUCACCAAAGAGGAGAUGAUGGCUAUAAUGAAAUCGAUCUACGACAUGAUGGGGAAAUGCACCUCCCCCUGCAUGCAGGAUGAUGCACACAGGGAACAUGUGGAGUCCUUCUUUCAGAAAAUGGACAGGAAUAACGAUGGGGUCGUGACAAUAGAAGAGUUCAUUGAGUCAUGUCAGAAGGAUGAAAACAUCAUGAGGUCUAUGCAGCUGUUUGAUAAUGUUAUCUAGAGGAGGAAGUCCUGGAGAGAGCCAGGUCCCUCCCGCGGCGCUGCCCUCCUGGGACACUCUGGGCUUUUAUUUUUUACACAAGAGCCAUUGGGAGAAGUGACAUGGGAAAAAAUAAAUAAACUAAACCCGGAACAAUGAGAAAGAAAAGGUGAUGUAUUUUUAAAAAGCGUUUUGCUGGCUGGAUUUCAGGGCCUCUCCUUUGAAAAUUUGGGACAAUUCGGGCACUGCAAGAGGCAUCAUGAAAAAUAAACAAAUCCAUGAAAUCCACAGUCUUGUUACCAUAGCACUGCAGACAGUAUUGAUUUACAAUAACUCAUUCAUUUUAUAUAGCAUGAGAUUAUCACAUCCACUCUAGCAGUCUCUUAGUAAUUGAAAAGAUACUCCAAAGCCUAUCUAAUGUACUUUGUGCAUAUAUAUAUAUAUAUAUAUAUAUAUUAUAUAUAUAUAUAUAUAUAUAUAUAUAUAUAUGGAUAGAUACCUCACCCCCACCCCUUCUAUGAUGUCAUGAUGACACAAUCAUGAGUCUAGAGUGACUGAAUGUCCCUGACUGAGACUGCUGGAGCACAAGAGCUACACUGUAUCACAGCACAGGGUAUAAGAGUGCCAAUACCCACAAUGCUCUUGAGUAAGAAUCACAGGCCGUGAAGUGGAAGCAAGAGAACUGAACCCACAGCCCAAGGGAAAUAUUUCAAGUGAAAUAUUUAUUUAUUAGUUUUGAUUAGCUGUUACCCAGAACAUGUGUUUUAUGUGUUUUGUUUUUCUCUCUGGCUUUGCUUAGUCUUUUGUUGCCUACAUUCAGCAAGAUCUUUUUUUCACAGUUGUAACGCCAGUUCUUUCAUCCCCUUUGGUGCUUUCAUCAGAACUACUAAGAAACUUGUAUUGUGGUUGUAAUGCGCACUAGGAACCAUCGGCAGAUCCAGAAUAAAAAGGGUUAACUGUCAAGUAGUGUGAAGUAUUAGAUAAGAAGAAUAUGCUUUUGAAGUGUUGAGAAAGAGCAGUGGGACACAAUCUUUCUGAAAGAUUCACAUACACAAUAAAUGCCCCGAGUUAUGUGAUAUCAUUGCACUAGUUGUGUGAUAUGAAUGUUGUGAGAUUAUUGCACUAGGUGUGUGAUGUGAAUGCACAGUUCUUUCCUCUCAUAAUAGAGAACCUGCCUCUAACUCCCCACUCAGCAGCUGUAUUGCUGUAAAGUCACAUUUAUUAUUACAUGUACUUUUAUUGUUAAACUUUUUAUGCAGGUUUUAAAGCACUGUUUUUGAAUAGAUUGAAAGAUGACAUCUCUUGUUAAAAACCAAUUAUCAAACAAACCAAAAACAAACCAAUGUUCUAAUCACAUGCCACGAUCCCCAAUGCCACGUACUGAUUCUGACAAUGUGUGUGACAGUUGGGUUCAUUAGUAGAAAUGGACUGAUUUCCUGGUUCCUGUCAGUAGGACUUGCAUGGAUCCCAUUGAGAUUAGUGUUCUAGUAGGAGCAGGAGCCUCCACAGGCUCCAAACCUUUUCAAAUAUCUUGGACUGCGAUCAGUGAUGGGGACAUGUCAUACUACAGUCCCUCUGGCAUCAAUGCCAUGUGCACACCAGAGUCGUACCAAAUCUUCCAGUAAAGACAAAUGAGAUCCUCACGGCUGUAUAUGCGCAUGCACUGUUUCUAUAGCAUUGUAAAUGAGUAGCUCACUGGAUGUUAGCGUGUCGAGUUAUCUAGUCUCUACCGGCUGCUUUGCAUUUCAAAUAUCUUUAUUUUGUACAGAGAGAAAUAAAACCACAGUUGCUAUGCACCACUGUUGCAAGUCUGUUUUUCCUCCGUGGAAUAAUCCAACAAUGCAGUUAUCUGUAAAAUCACAAUGAAAAGGAAGCAACAGUCUAAAUGCACAUAACUAGAAUGUGCUUACAUUUAGUAAGCACUUCAAAAUAUACCAACAAGCUCUAAGCACAGAGCACUCCGUCUGCAUUCACUGAUAAUAAAUCAGGACUAGACAGAACCGCACUGCACUGUAGCUGCAUAUCCAGUCCUGCAGCACCCCCUUGUGGUGGCAAAA